AUGGAAAAUACAAGUGCAAUUACUGAAAAAACUCCGUCAUCAACACCAUCAAUUGAUGAAAAAGAUUUAGUGAUGUCAAUGCGUAAACUUGAUUUAAUCAAAGAAUUAGGAGAAAAACAAAAUCAAUUUCAACGUCUUCAAACUCAUUUACAACAACAUACGGACUUAGUUACACGUGAAAAUCAAGUUCUACGUGAAUUCCGUAAAGAACUUGAUAUGCUUGUACAAGAACGUAUGUCACAUAUUGAAGAAUUAAGAUUAAUUCAUGCCGAUAUUAAUAUUAUGGAAACAACAAUAAAACAAGCUGAUGAAGAACGAGCAAGAGCAAUACAAGAUAGUAAACGUCUUUUAAAAGAUUAUCAACCAAUAAAAGAACAAGUUAAUAAAUUACGAGAUAUGCUUAAUCUCGAACGACUUUCUGAUCAUGAUGAUGAUGAUACAACAUUAAUAGCAAUGCAAUUAAUAUCUCAACAAUCCAAUGAUCAUGAUCUACCAGUCAAUCGAAAUAGUCAUUUAUCAUCAACUGGAUUAGAUAAUACACAUGAACAAAUUCCAUUAGGUAUAUCAUUUCAUCAUCAAUCUCAACAAAUGACUAAUACAACGAAUAGUAAUAUGUCAACACCGAAUAAUAAUAAUAAUAAUCAACAACAACACCAGCAACAACAAGCAUCAGCAAUGAAUAUACCAAAAACUAUGGGUAGUAUGGGAUCAAAUCUUGAUCGAGCAUCAUUUCGUCAACAACCACCGCCAAUGAAGACUUGUCAAUCAUGUCAACAACAAAUACAUCGUAAUGCACCGAUAUGUCCUAUCUGUAAAGCUAAAAGUCGUUCACGUAAUCCAAAAAAACCGAAACGUCGUCAUACAGAUGUUCAUCCAUAA